AUGAGGCCACAGAUUGCAAACCUCAAGUUUGUCACCAACAAUCCGACUCUCACCACCAUCGCUUUAGAGAAGCCGUUCUGUGCAUUCGAUGACUCAGUGUCAAAAGGUGCUUCCUACGAAAUAUCCUUGUACGUCAUGGUGGACUCUGAUGCAACGUCAAGCACCUCUGUGACAGACGAUGGCGAUAAGCCUCUCAGAGCUACUUUCCACCACACCAAGGGAGGGCAACUUGGGCCAUACAAAGCCGGAACUUUUAACAUUCCCAACUGUAUAUCUCCUCCAAAACUGUCUGAUGCCGCCGACUCAGCCAAAGCUUCUACUGUCCUGAGCGAGUAUCUGAUCAGAGUUGGUGACGACUCAGCAUGUCCGUAUGAUACGGAGCUCCUAGAAGUAUGCAAUUCACCCCUUUCCGAAGAUACAUCCUACAGGUUUAAAUUUGUCUUGAUUGACAGAACCGCAGGCAUUGUGAAGGACCAAACCCUCUGGUCUGAUCCAAUUAAAACCAAUAAGUUGAGGCAGUCCUCCACCAUCGAAACGUGGCCAGGCCAGAGAAGCAACGGAAUGAUCGCCAUCACUUAUCUCCUGAGUAUGCUGACACUUAUCGUAGUGGCUGCAUUUUUUGCUACACUCAAGGAAUCCAGAAAGUCUUCCACUGAAGUCAGGUAUCAAUGCCCAACUACCCAAGGGGAAGAUGACCCACCAGUGGGGGACGAGGGCCCGCCAGUGGGGGAUGAGGGCCCGCCAGCGCUGGACGAGGACCCAACAGUGGAAGAAAGCUCUACGCCCGAUCACUGA